AUGAUGGAGCGCACUGUGCGGGCGUGUGAUGCGUACGUGACCGAGCACAAUCGCCCGCUUCUCCGUCGAGAUAUUAUUGGCAUCGUCGUCUCCCCCUCCCGCAUCUUGGCAGAGCAGACCUUUGUCGUUGGACGCAACCUUGCCUCUCGCUAUCCACACACAAUACGUUUUGCCUUGUGUGACGGGGCAGUACAAUCCAUCGGCGCCGCUCUCGACGGGCUCAAGAAGGCAGCUCGUGGCGCGGGAACGUUUUUGGUGACGACACCCCACGACUUGUCUGAGUUUAUUGCCGCAUGGGAGCAGGACCAGAUCUCCGGUGAUGCCGCGGAUGACAUGCAGGAAUUACUGGAUGCACAGGAUGAGGAAACGCGGCGGCAUUACUAUGAGAAGCGCGGCGGCAAAACGUCGCUUGGCGGUGACACGGGGAGUGCGGUGCAACUGCGUGGGUGCAACACUGAGCGGUUUGCAUUUGUGGUGGAUGAGGCGGAUCUAGUCUUUCACUCCCCUGAGAUGCGGGACAUUGUCACCCGGUUUAUCGACACACACGCCUGGAGGGAAGAGCCACCUGCAAAGCGGCGAAAACCCUCCCAUUCCGCAUCCUCCUCCCCUGCUCGGAUUGCGAUGGAUAUGGCGUUUGUCGGUGCGACGGUUUCCACCUCGCAAAAGCUGCAGGAGUAUGCUGCCCACAUCAAUACUACACUUGGAACGAAGAUGCACACUGUGGUGCUGAACACCUCGCAAGAUUUUGUCACACAACUGCAAAACCGCUACGUGGUGUGCGGGGUGCACGAAUUUCUGCCCCUUUUGGUGCAACUGAUGAAUUUGCAUGCAUCACGGAAGCAUUUUAUUUUCUUCAACAGCUCCAAGACUUUGCGAUUUGUGGAAAAGCUCUUCGCUGCACUUACAGACAGCGAGUCCCCCCUACUGUACAUCAAGCAGAUCUUUGUGAUGUACGACGGCAUGAAUGAGCGGGCGCGACUUGAACAGUACAACGCUUUUCUUAACCACAAGACGAAUACGCAGGAAUCCGCAAAAAGCAAAUCACAAGCCUCACCUUUCUCCGCAGCAGAGAAGAAGAAUCAAGUUUAUAGGAGUGGCUGGAAGCGCGACGGACGGCCCCCAGAUGGAAAAGGUGCCAUUCUACUCUGCACAGACAUGGCUGCAUUUGGGUUGGACGUGCGUGAUGUGGACUAUGUAUACCAUUUUGAACCACCAACAACUGUGCAGUCUUACGUCCACCGUAUUGGUCGUGUCGGGCGUAUGGGAAUGCGUGGAAGCAGUAUUCUGCUUUUGCCAUGUUUUGGCAAUGAAACUGCAUUGGCCUCUACACGAGAGCGCAAGACAACAAGUACUCGCUUUAACACAGUUACCAACACAAAGUUCUCAACGUCCGAGUUGCAGACCCUACGUGUGACAACAGAUGAUCUUACAAAGGAACAAAACGAUUACUUAAGCGAACUGGGUAAACGCAGUGAGUUACAGUCGUAUUCGCUGCCUCCUUUUGCACCUAUAACUUCAACCAUUAGAAAUAUCAUCUCUCAGCAGAAAAAGCUUUUGAAGUUAGCGCAAAUUGCCGCUAUGUCCAUGUGCACUGUUCCACAGGAUGCAGAAAAUGCAAAAGCCUGGUUUGACCCUAAACUGGCACUUCACGCUCUUCUACUUGAUUGA